CCUAAACCAACCAUAAAUUUCUUCAUCCUUUCGAUUCUUGAUUGUAGGAGUGUUUCUUAUACAAACUCCAAUGAAAAUUCCGUUCUUUUCAUGUCUCUUCUUGUUACCCAUAUGCUCACCUUUUGUCAACUUUGGUAUCUAUGUCGUGUCUGGCCAGUGUCUUCACGAUCAGAGAGACUUGUUGAUCGGAUUGAAGACCAGCCUCAUUUUCAACAAUAAUUCGUCCAAAAAAUUGGUGCACUGGAAUGAAAGUCCAAAUUGCUGUUUGUGGGAAGGUGUAACCUGCAGCGAGGAGGGAUGUGUUAUUGGUCUCAACCUGUUCAAUGAAUCCAUCUCUGGUGGACUUGACAAUUCAAGCCUUUUCAGUCUCCUGGAUCUUGAGAGCCUGAAUUUGGCUUAUAACAAUUUCAGCAACUCUGAGAUUCCACAGGAGUUUGGCAAUCUGACAAAUUUGAGUUGUUUAAACCUAUCAAAUGCUGGCUUUGCGGGGCAGAUUCCCUCAGAGAUUUCGAAUUUGAACAGGUUGGUUACCCUUGAUUUGUCUACCGAUUCAUUUUUGAGUAAUUCUAUGCUGAAAAUUGAGAAACCAAAUUUAGCUACGUUAGUUCAGAAUUUUGGGGAGCUAAAGGAGCUUUAUCUUGAUGGUGUAAAUAUAUCAGCGCCAGGGAAUGAAUGGUGUCAGGCCUUGUCUUCUUCACUGUGGAAUCUAAGGGUGUUGAGCAUGUCACAGUGUUAUCUUUCAGGGCCUUUUGAUUCCUCUUUAUCAGAGCUUCGGUCCCUCUCAAUUAUUCGUCUUCAUGGUAAUCCCUUAAAUACUCCAGUUCCAGAAUUUUUUGCAAAUUUUGUAAAUUUGACGUCCUUGAAUCUCGUUUAUUGUGGACUGAAAGGAACAUUUCCAGAAAGUGUCUUCCAAAUUCUUACGCUGCAGAAGCUUGACUUAUUAAAUAAUGAACUACUUCAAGGGGCACUGCCAGAUGCAAUUGGUAACCUUACAAUGUUGUCCAGAUUAGAUCUUUCUAAUUGUAAUUUCAGUGGGUCAAUCCCAAACUCUAUGGCAAAUCUUGUUCAGUUGGCUUAUUUGGACAUGUCAUUCAACAGCUUCACUGGACCGAUUCCAUCAUUCAGCAUGGCCAAGAAUUUGACCCAGAUAUACCUUUCUCAUAAUAAAUUGACAGGUAAGAUUACUUCCACUCAUUGGAAUGAGCUUCCGAAUCUGGUUAACCUUCACUUAGGUUUCAAUUCACUCGGAGGGAGUAUUCCUGUCUCUCUGUUUUCCCUUCCAUUGUUGCAGAAAUUGGAGCUUUCCGACAACCAAUUUUCUGGUCAACUCAAUUACUUUUCUGUUUCUUCUUACCUACUGGACACCCUUGAUUUAAGUAGCAACAACUUGGAAGGGCCAAUACCAAUGUCUGUCUUUGAACUUCAAGGUCUUAAGUUUCUCUCACUUUCUUCAAACAAUUUUAGUGGCUCCUUGCAACUUAAUAAGAUUCAGCAGUUGAGAAACCUUUCCUAUCUUGAUCUCUCAUACAACAGCUUGUUGAUUGAAUAUAAUGGAACGAAUUCUUCAUCAUCCUCCUUUCCCCAACUUUCCAAAUUAAAAUUGGCUUCUUGUAACUUGAAGACUUUUCCUGAUUUCUUGAGAAACCAAUCCAAAUUAUCCUUUCUAGACCUUUCAAUUAACCAGAUUCCUGGAGAGAUACCCAACUGGAAUUGGAAUCUUACUAAUCUUCUUUACCUAAAUCUCUCUUAUAACCACCUGGAAGGGCCUUUGCUCAAUCUUCCUACUGCAUUGAUUGUACUAGACCUUCACUCCAACCAACUCCAGGGUCCACUCCCAGCACUCCUGGCAUCUGCUGCAUAUCUGGAUUUCUCAAGGAAUAAUUUCAGCUCUGUUAUACAUGAUGGCAUUGGCAGCAACCUUACUUUCGCUAGUUUCUUAUUUCUUUCAAACAAUAAAUUAUCUGGCAGUAUCCCUGAAUCAAUAUGCAGUGCUACAUAUCUUCUAGUUCUUGAUCUGUCAAAUAAUUUAUUGAGUGGCACAACUCCCCAAUGCUUUUAUGAGAUGAGUGAGACUCUAAUGGUGCUGGAUGUGAGGAGAAACCAACUCAGUGGCUAUAUAUAUGAUUCGUUUUCAGUUAAUUGUAGUCUACAAACUCUAAGUCUCAAUGGAAACCUAUUAGAAGGAGUGGUACCAAAGUCUUUGGGGAAUUGCAAAUAUUUGGAGGUCUUGGACCUGGGGAACAAUAAGAUAAAGGAUGCCUUCCCAUGUAACUUGAGGAAAAUAUCCUCAUUGCAUGUCCUUAUCUUGCGAUCUAACAAAUUUUAUGGGUCCAUUGAUUGUGGAGGGCCAAAUAACACAUGGCCGAUGCUUCAAAUCAUAGACCUAGCUUCAAACAGUUUUACUGGUUGGCUUCCAAGAAAAUCCCUUUAUGCCUGGAAGGCAAUGAUUGCCCAAUCACAAUUUGAAUACCUCCAAAUUAGAAUCCUACAAUUCAGUGAAAUUGAUUAUCAAAAUGCGAUAACAGUUACCGGUAAAGGUCUAGACAUGGAGCUGGUUAAGAUUGCAACUCUAUUCACUUCAAUUGACUUAUCCUGCAACAAUCUUGAUGGGCCAAUUCCAGAAGAAUUAGGAGCGCUCAAAUCGCUACUUUUUCUCAACUUGUCGCAUAAUGCUCUUACUGGCCACAUUCCACCAAUUCUAGGAAACUUGUCUCAGCUGGAAUCAUUAGACUUGUCAAGCAACAAGCUUACAGGAGAUAUCCCAAUGCAAUUUGCAGAUAGUCUAACUUUCCUUGCAUUUCUAAACCUUUCAUUCAAUCAAUUGGUGGGACCGAUUCCAUUUUUCAAGCAAUUUGCUACAUUUUCAGGAACAUCCUAUGAAGGGAACGAGGGAUUAUGUGGCAAUCCUUUGAAUAAAAAUUGUGCUCUAGUUCCAAGAUCGCCACCUCCAACAUUUCAAGAAACACAUUCGAAUUCUGGAGAAAUUCAUUUGAAUUUCGUCAGUGUUGAACUGGGAUUUAUUUUUGGUUUUGGGAUUGUCAUUGUGCCCCUUAUGUUUUGGAAGAGAUGGAGUAGAUGGUAUUUCACACACGUUGAUGACAUUCUUAUCAGGAUCUUCCCUCAACUGAAUCUUGGAAUUAAAUACCGUGGAAGACGAGCACGCAUAAAUCAAGGGCAGAGGCACUAAUGAUAGGGCAGUUGUGGCAAAGUGUGUGUUGUACUGAUGGUAGUUUAUCUGUGUUUGGCUGGCUUAUUUUGUGGCUAUUUAGUUUUUGGUUAGGUAUAAGUAUCUAACGUUUUAGUUAUUUAAAUAAAAUGCCGUAUCAUGUUUCAAAAAAAAACAAAAAAAGGGUUUGGUAUAAGUACAA